ACGAUGUUGCCUCUGUGCUAUGGUCAUCGGAAAUCGCGUUUGCAGAGAGGCGCUGUGUUGCCGGGUCAGGAACCAGUUGAUGAGCCGGUAGAGCUCGCGGCGACGCGAGAGACAUGCCAGUUGGCCAUUACCGUUUUCAACGAUACGCGCUCCCAAUGAGUCUCGCAAUUUCCUGGCGUAGCUUUCUUGAGAUGUCUUUCUCAAAGCUCUCAGAGUCGACACUAAAAAUAAAAGACACAAAUACUCUCAAUUUUCCUCGAGAAGGCAGUCAAUUGGACAUCGGCGACCCCUUUGGCAGUUCGGGCGCUUGCUUUUCCGUACUCGCCUUCUAUACUCCCGCUGCCGCAGCGCCCGAUCGUUGUUCGUGGAGGACCUUUCGUAUUUUCCAUUCUGGCUAGGUACAAAACAGAUUUUUGUUUCUGUGCUGUUUUGAGAGGGGAAACGUGCUGCGGCUGCCUUCUUCCGUAGUAGGAGACUGGUGCCUCCCUGCUAGCCCUGAGAAAACGGGGGGCGCCUUGGCGUCCGCUACUGGAGCGGGUCCGCUUAGCAUUCGUCUGCAGUGCAUGCUCGAGAACCGUUGCUCUUUAGCAUAAUAAUUUUUUUUAUCCCACGGUCAGUAUCUAGACCAGGCUCCACUGGCAGCAGCUAGUGUCUCUUCAAUGCGCACCCGAACUUUUUUUCCAGGAUGAGGGGGCUGACCGAACGUGGGAGUUGCUCUCUGUCUCCCCAGCUUUGGCGUCUUGCAUGUUUCGCCGGUCUGUUGCUGCUGCUGUGCCUGCUCAUCCCUGCUGCCUGUCAGCCAGAAGGGAAGAAUGGCCAGUCUAGCAAGUCCUCUGAAAACGGGUUUCCCGAGUUCCGAUUCGGUCCCGCGAUUCGCCCGCGAAAACGGAUCCCAAGUCGGCAAAGCGCAGCUGCCUGGAUGCGCCUCUUCGCGGACAUGACCCUCACAGAGCUGGCGCUUCCCGCAACUGUUCACAGCACUCUAAACGACGUGAAUGCGCCUCGGUACAUGGAGCUGACCCAUGCUCAGAAUGUCGACGUGACCCGCCAGCUGUACGAUGGCAUUCGUUCCUUCGACGUUCGGCCCUGGCGGAACAGUCGAGAUGGCAAGUGGUACUCAGAAGCACCAUGGAGACUGGAAGAAGAUCUCGUCAGCCUCAGGAAGGCCGUGUCUGCAUUUUCCCAGCUUAGCACCAGCCCGAUUCCCGCCCUGCCUAAUGCACUCCAGAGCAUCAUUGACUUGCACUCGCGCACUAGCCUGGAGGAGAGCCUUUUUCGUCCUGUUCAGCGUUUCUUGCGUUCGAACGGCAGCGAAGUUGCAGUGGUCGUCUUCUCCACCCUCAACGGAAAUCGCCGAGGCGCCAUAAAUUCUGUAGAGCAAGCAUCGUCUCUGGGGGCCAUGCUGAAACGGUAUGCAGAGUACAAUCAGCCUGGUGCGAAGGCCGACCCGACGAACCCGCUGCCAGCUUUCAACGAGCUUGCGAGCCCGAAAUUUGUCGAAGGCCAUCCGGGAGGCGAUGUGGACAGGAAGGGGAAAGGCAAGUCGCCCACAUUUGAGGUUGUUUCUCCGUCGGAUCCUACCGCGUCGUUCAUGACCUCGGCCGUGCGCAAACCCCUGAUGUACGAAGACGUCCAGGCCCUUUUGGAGCUCAUCGAUCGGUACUGGGGUCAGCUCCUGCCUCGCCAUGAACAUGUCUUCUUCGGGCCUCCAGAAAAGAAAAAGGAUGCUGAGACGGCUGGAUCGACUGCAUUCCCGGGUACGGCAGGCCGCCCGCAAGAGGUUGCACGUAAAAACACGGCAGCAGACGUCUCCGGACCUGCAUACCCGAUGGCGGAAUCAGUUAACCGGCCUGAACUGUUCGCUAAGUGGUUGCGACAGCAGGGUGAAAUGUGGCUAUCCGAAAUGCCGCUACGGGACAUUCUCGGCUCACGCGUCCAGCUACUGCUCUUCGUAGAUGACCCCCUUGUCGCUUGGUACAUCACCACGUUUUCCCGGGAGCAUGUCAUGGCCUUCGUUGCUGGCGACCACAUCUACGACAUCAGCUACCGGAGUGAAGCGCUGUUUGCCCCGUGUGGCAUUUCCCACAGAACUGGACCAAUCGGUGACGAGCUGGCUUUGACCAAGGAACGUUCAUGGAAGGAGUGUCGAAGCAAGUGCGAAUCUCUCUCUGUGAAGAAUCUCCCUGUUGGGUCUCGAGGUGCCUGUACGUACUGGACGUUCGGUCCAGUCUUGGCUCCUACUGAGAACAGCCAGACCCGUGAAAAUGCCUCGACCGGCUCAAACCUUUAUGACUGCCGCACAUUCACGGGUUCAUUCAGUGUGCAGAAUUUAGCCCCUCUUGUGGGGGCGGUCACCCAGCCUGCAGACUGUGGUGCAUCGUCACUCCUGGAAGAUCCUAUGCAAUGGAGUGCAAGUUCGCUGUUUUCCGAUCUUACCGAUGAGGUGUGUCCCAUCACAGGCGCGGGCGUAUCAGCCGUGUCGCUAAAUGUUUUGCAGCCGUUUGCGAGGGAGCUCUGUCUGUUAGAUACUUCCGGAGCUGCCGGCGGCGCAAACCGAAGACGUCGCGAUAAAUCGAGUGCCCCGGUUUGCCGAGGUGUACAAGCACUCAAAAAAUUUAUCCGUGUCCAUUUCGCACCGUCAUCGCCCCUAUUCUACGUGGAUGGAACUCGUGGCGGCAAACGUCAUUUCGGAACCGUUGAUGUAACUGUACCCAUGAACCGCCUAACGGUCCCCUGGGUUUACUGGCAUCUAGAGAGACAACAACUAUUGCAAGGACUGUUAAGCGGAACGGGGGAGAGCCGGGAAUUGCCUGCAGGAAUCUCCCGUGCUCGUGGCAGCCGCGGGGGCCAAGCAACGCGGCCCGUCAAUGCGCUGAUGCUCAUGCGGUACGACAGCUUAAAUAACGAGAUCCGCAACGGGCAGCCUUUCAACUACUUCGAGAUGAUCAUGCAUCUCAAUCCCUUACCCGCUGCGUCUGCUGCUCUGGCACUCGAGGGCGAUGUGGGCGACUUCAGCGCCGAGCAUUAUCUGCACCUGACAGCCUUCCAUUCCUUCCCAGGCGACUCAGAAACAGAGGCACUGUUCAGUGCUGUCGACUUCUCGAAAUCUUCAAACACGCCUUGCAAACCGAUGAUUUGGCUUGUCGUAUGUGUAGCCAUUUUGUGCUUGGUGGCUAUGAUUGUGGCUCUCGUGUGCGGCUCGUCCGUUCUGUGGAAACAGCCACCUCAAAGCACCCAUGGAGACUGGGCCGCGGCGCCUAUCGCAGCUUCACAAGGAGGGGUGCCAACGGUCGUGCAGCUGGGAGCCAUCGACUCAGCCUAAGCGAGCGACUGAUAUCGUUUUCCUGUUACCGUGGAAGCAUAGUGCAGCUGUUGGCACAAGGAAUGCGGGAAUAUGAUCUGUGGAGACGACUGAAGAUGUCUCCUUACAGAACUGUGUUUCCCUCAGGGUCUGGAUUUGUCUCAGAAAUGCGAGAUUCACCUGGGCACGGCCGUCGACUGUCGUUCGGUGUCAACCCUCUUACCUAUGAUGCGUGUCUUUUAGCACAAGACCCCAUCUUCCUGAACGUUACUUGCAGCUCGUCAAUUUAUCAUCGUGUCAGUGCGGUAUGUAGUCGUAUGGCAUGAAGAACCACAAAGCGUUUGGUACUGCGGGACAAUUGUUGUCCUCGGAAAACAGAGAUUGGAGAAGUGAGUGGAGAGGCGGGUUGGUGUUAGGUUUACUUGCAAGCAACCCCGGCACUCGGGUUCGUUAGGCUACGUCUACACCCUGGUCAAUUUUUGUUACCGCUCUGACGUUGGUGUGGAUCGCCAAGAGCUGUGCUGGUCAGAAAGGUGGUCUCCACCGGUUGUGGCUUCUUGUACAGUCUGUGCGAACGUGUGCAUCCGCUUACUGCAAGCGGCCCCCCGGGUGAGUACGCGAAAGAUGGCCCCUGUGUCGUUUGGUUUGCUGUGGGUUCAUGGGGGCCAGCGACCCCGGCCACGUGGCCGACAAAAACGCGAAAGAAGUAUCCGGUACAUUCGUCUAACUGUUAGUUGAGACUGAUGGGGCACGAAUAUGGCAAAGGGUCUCAGGCGAGAGUCCACGGAGGGUAAACAGUGCGUGAUUGUGCUGUCUAUCCUCAUUUCUGUGGCGAUGGAGGAAGAUUGACUUCUGGUUUGCUCACACACAGGCAUACGUAAUCUGCGACUGCCAGAAGACACAUGACCUUGCACUGGGCAACGGACCGCCCAUUAUUUCUUCGUUGUGGUUGCACCGUGCAGUAGGUUCCUCAGUUUGUGGCUUGGAGGUGGUUGACGGUGCAGCGAAGAAGACAUAAUCGGAAACCGUCACGGCUGAGUGGGAUGAAUAAGAGUCAGCUCCUUUUUAUUGUUUGAGAGUAUAAUAUGCGAAAACUAUGGUAUGGAAUUCUUUUUGCGCUGCACUGCCGUAGACGGUACACUUUUCCGCUGACGAAAACGAAAGCUGACGUUCGGAGUGCGUAACAAAUGUUUGUUCGAACCGGUAUGAAAGUGUUCAUGAGGAACCCCUGUCACCAAUAGCAUUGGUGACCCAACGGCCGUGGUUCGUAAAGACUCGAUAAUUCCUGCUCUUCUUUUUUUGAUGACAUAAGACCUCUAGGUCGGCGGGGGUGCCGCAUUCGUUUAUCAGAGUAACAAAAGUAUGAAUAGUGUACUUGCCACAAGUUGUUCUUGCGUUAGCACAGAAUGAUCGGUUGCUGUGAGCAAGCUGUCUUAUGCGUCACAGGCACGUGAAGUAAACUAGAGGCUUCCGUUUACGCUGGACGACAUUACACGCGUAUUUUGCUGCUCAAGGAUUUUAUCCGCGAAAAAGGUAGUGUGGUAAAGCUGAGUUGCACACCGUACUGCCUCGCCAGGAAGCUAGGGUUGCAGUAUCCACUGCCAGUCAUAUGAUGCUACGACAAAUGCUGGGGCAACGCAUCUUGGCAACAGUGCGGGGAUGUAGUGCCGAGUCUCAUCCAGAAGAUACACGACACGGGUUGGAAUACGGUUACUGUUCACUGUCGACUGAAUUUCCGCGUUCGAGUGGAUCCGAACCGGUGGGUUGAAACCGAACAGCUAUUAGCGGCUACUGGAUCAACAAAUUUGGUCGCAUCGGAUUGUAAGCGGUGCAUGCUCUUCAGAUCAUGAUGCUACUGUACUGUCAUAGAUGUAAUCGCCCAACGCUGAGGCCGGCAACGAAGGCGAGGGCUGGUUCGAUGAAGUGAACUGCGUGUGCGUGCUUGCUGCUGCGGUUCAAUGGAUCAUACAUUAGUGGACGCCAGGAGGCAACCAUUCUGCCACCGCGUUGGGCUGGUGAACGUAUUAGAUAGGAUAUUGGGCGUAAGAGAGGAAAACGAAUCAGCCCUACUAUGUACCAUUUGGUAGCCCCUUGGUGGCUUGAAACACGGUGCACGGUGAAGAUAACUAUCGACUCAUCAAGCGAACGAAUUCUUCUCCGCUUUGUGACCGCUCAUGGCAUCCGCCUCACGCGGUGUAACCGAACAGAAAACACACAGGGUAGCAUUCCAAAGUUUGUUACAGAAAACGGAAUGAUGCGUCGUAAACGUCGGCAGAGCAAAAUCUGACAGAUGCGAGAGGACCCUCAUUGAUUCUGAAACAAUACGCAAUUACCAUCACCUUAUGUGUGCAAUGUUUCGAGACUUCUUAAACACGAUGUCGAAACACGUCGGCUGUCGCGUGGUUCGUGGGCAACAAAGUAAUCUAAUUUUGGCGUGUCUAAAUCCACACAUGUGAUGCUUGAUGCACGCUUUCGGAUUCAGGCUCCCUGAAAUAAAGAAGCCUCCCGCGGUUGCAAUACAGUUCCUGCUACCUAACCUGAUGACACUCGCACCUCGGUUUUCAUUCUUCAGUGGCGGCGUUCACUACAAAACAGAUCGAACUAGUACAGUGGCGGCACAGUACGCGUGUUAUCCUGUCAACAACAGAGCUGUUCAACUACGCAAAUAGCCAGCGGUGCUCACGGAGCAAAUUAUGCUCCCCGGUGACCUAUUAGCACACGAUAUAGGUCAUAUUGCUUAUACACAUUUUACAAGUCUUCAUACACGGAGGCAUUUGUGCACUGUGCAUCGCAAAUGUAACCGUCCGCUAGCAACGCAUACUUUUGUCAUUCUAAUGUGGCAAUUCCUGUUCUGCACAAUGCAACACUAGCCAGCGUUUCCUAAUUCUGAUGAAUAGAGUUAGCUUCCAAAAUGCAUACGGAAACGAUCCUUCUGUAAUUUUUCGCGACGAAAACUGUCACUCAUACAGAUAAGGCAAACCAGCAUUUUGGAGAAGAUGAUAGUAAAGACUGUCUUCAGCCUCUGCUUACGUGCAACUCUGGUACUUAUUUCACGCCUUCGUGCGUUGACCACAGACGAUGCUGUUUUUAACCAGGCUCUAAGCACCACUGGGAGUUCCUUCGCUUGCACAGUUCUAUCUCAGCACAUUUUUAGUACAUAGCACAGACGGGCGCAGGGCUUUUCUGCGAAUCAAGCUUGCAGUACGAGUGACUUACACUGCAGUCAGCUGUUUACGGCAAAAAUGGUGAUAUAUGUACAAAGCGAGACACAACCAAGGCAAGCCGUUGCAUCGCAAACAAGCCCGUUCAGUGCCGUUUUUCCAUGAGCGCUAGGUUAAUAAGUCUCCACCUCAUUUGGACCUCACCGUUUCCACUGGCCUCAACAAGUGUGAGCUUCGUCGCACUGAUGCAUUUGGAUCUACGUGUCGCUCGGCGGCGCCUGCCCUGGCCACGACGCUAUCGGCAUUUCUAACAAGCUCUUUCCUGUAAACAGCCACUUUGUUUACUACAGGCAUGAUGAACGUACGAUCCCCCUGCGUACACGACUGCGGUGCGUUCUACUCUCCCUUUUGCCCGGUUGCAAGCGUGUUACAUCUAAGGGAUGUCCCUCACUGCGACAAGCCGCCAUCUGAAGCUUGCUGGGACUUUCACAAUCAAAUCCGUCUCGAUGAUCACGGUGAACUCCGUUUUUUCCCUUUACAUUUGACAUCCUCCGCAUGAUAUUCGUUCCAUCCCUUUCGCCUGGCUUCACUGAUAUAUUCAUGUAACUUCGCGAAGGUAGCGCCCCUCUUUGUCUCGGCUUUCCCGACCAUCGCCUCGGUGUCCCCCGUAGACGAUCUUUGUACACCGGGGAAAACUGAGCACCUCCUUUCUCAUACGAAUUAUCACACAACGCACUGUCCACUUGCGUUAUUCGGUGUUGCCUCCAAUCGCUUCCGUGACGCAGACAGCCCUUAGGGAGUCGCUCACCAUUUGACCGGAAAGCUUUCUCCGGAUCAAAUCGGAGUGGCAUCCGAGACACAUCGGAGCGCGCUCCUGUGAGGUUGCAUAUAUCGUCUACCCUGGGUGCCUUUAUACAUGCUACCGGUGAGGGCGUUACGUUCCAGCGACAUGUAUCAUCCCACUCCUGAAAGGGAGUGGAACGGGGUCGUGUAGAUAUCUCCUGUGUCAAAUCUAAAACAGGCCUGCCUGCUGGCGGGCAACCACUGACAACAGUAGGGGGCAGAACCGGCGGAGACGGAUGCGGGGGUGGCUGAACUCGUGAAAAGCUGCCACCGUCGGUUUCACCAAUUGCAGGAUUGGCGAGCCCGCGCUUGCUCGCUGGCCCCACUGAGCAUGCCAACUUUGGCACUGAAGAUGAAAGAUGAAGGGAAUGCGAACCUACAACCUCGUCUGAUGCGUGUUUCACAGAUGCAGGAUGUAUAUUGUUUCUGGUGAAAUACUUCUUCUGAUAAAUUCCACUAGUUGCUCGAUGGUGAGCCCUGGUAACUGGUCCGUCUGGUCCGUCCUGUAUGCGUCCUUCCGAUGCUCGAUCAGACAACGAGGUAACGGAACACCGCGACGAAGCAAGAGAGGAAGGGGAAGAAGCAUGUAGCUCAGCACCAUGGAUUCCAACUUCGACCAGCGUCUUUGCAUCCGUCGAGUUCGAUAUUUGGUGCUUGACAAUGUCGCUCUGAGACCCGCUCCUAUGAUGUCGGGUCCUUUCACCGCUUUGUUCAGUUAGCUUACUGGCAGAAGACAAACGCCGUGCACCGCCACGUCUCCCGAUACCUGCACCCUCAGAAGAUUGAGUUCGCCUUUGUCGAUCCUCUGCACCGGAAGACGAUGUGUUUUUGGUAUCGACCCCUGAAUUUCGUGCCGCAGCAUCAAGUACAGUUGCUCUGUCAGCAUCAUCGAAAGCCUUUCUCUCAUCGGCAUCGUGCUCUGACUCACCGAAUCGCCCGCAUAUGAGUUCUAGCAUUGAUAGAUCCGGAUUGUCAUCAUUGAGCAUCCACACAACAGCGAAGAACCGCUCGAGAAGAAAUAACAUUGUCCCACUAGUGCAUGCACGAAGUGAGUGACACAGGAGAACCAGAUAACGCAGCAGUACCGUGGGUUACUGGAUUCUGAAAUGUGGGUUGUCUCGGCUCACAAGUAAAUAUGCCGGAAAGAACCAUAUGUGUUGUCUUUCGACUUAUGACAACUGGCAGGUACCAGAGAACGUGAUUCCGAGCCCUUAUGAAACAAUGAAUACAGCACACGUAAGUUCAAUUACGCUGCUAGCCGUGCAAGAUACUAUGCAGCCAAAACGAAGAAGUUGACCUUCCCUGAUUGUCCGAACGAACUGUAAUCUAUUUAUUCCGCAGUAAAAUCAACAGGAAGAACGUUCAAACACAGAGACACAUCUCUAGAAAAGGUGGAUCUGCGGCGGAACAAAACUUUGCACAGUGCGCUACGCAGUUCAUCAACGGACCAGCCACGAGCAACGCUGUAACUCCAAUGGCGGAACUGCAGGUUAGCAAACGCGAGAAUGUGCACCAGAACCCACAGCGGAGCAA